GAAGUCGGAAUUUCCGAGUGUAAAGGUCAAAAUUUCAAUGGGAACGCCCCCUCAUUGAACCGCACUUCCAGAUCCGAGAUGGCUGUCGGGGUAUCAGCAGUUAGUCAAAGCUGUACUUAUACUGUUUAUUAGUGUAUUAGUGUGACGUCAUUCCCAGCUCCGACCUCCGAGGUAAAUGGAACGCAGCAUACGAAGAAGCAGAAGCCGACAUGCGCAGUGCGGGCGGCUGUGAUGGUGUCAGUGUGAAAAAGUGAACUCACAGUAAAAACCGGUGGGAACACAGUUAAGUCUCUCGGGGAGUUUAAAUGGCGAACUCCGGCUGGUCAGAGAAGGUGCUGCAGCUCCUCCGCAGGAUGAACAACUUUUACCUGCCAGGUUCCUUCCGCGCGCACUGCUUCAGGUUUGAGGUGGACGGAGCUCAGGUGGGUUGGAUUCCUCCUCAUGUGGCCCCGCUGCUGACCCGGUACCCGGACGUAUUCAGCCCGCCGCGCGGUGGCGCUGUGGCGCUUUGUCCAGGUCUGGACACCUACGGGAGGAGGUCUGAGGCUGUGGACGCGGUCCUGCAGACCCUGAGACAAGAGGACUUCCUCACCUGCCUCAGAGGAUGGAGGGAUGAGCAGUACAGCGUGAUGCAGAAGUUCUCUGACCCGCCUGUGAUGUGGAUGGAGAGAGCAGCUACGAGUCUCUUCGGGGUGAAGCGGUACGGAGUCCAUCUCAAUGGUUACACAGUUGGUGAAGCCGGGGAGGUCAGCAUGUGGCUGGCUCGGCGCUCCAACACUAAGCAGACGUACCCGGGACUGCUGGACAACGUGGUGAGUCCAGCGUCUACACACACAGUGAGGACAGGUGUGAGUUACCUUCCACAGGUCAAUGAGGCUGAUGUGUGUCUGCAGGCGGCGGGCGGUCUGGCUGCUGGUGUCGGCAUCAAACACACUCUGAUCAAAGAAUGUCAGGAGGAAGCAUGUAUCCCAGCAGCCAUUGCAGAGAGGGCUCAUCCUGUCACCACAGUAAGCUACACUUACGAGGACGAAGAGGGGGUGUUUGCAGAGAGUCAGUUUGUCUUUGAUUUGGAACUUCCUCUGGACUUCAAGCCCAAAGUUGGGGACGGGGAGGUGCAUGACUUCUACCUGCUGCCCAUAGAGGAGGUGAAAGACCUGAUCGCUACUGAAGACUUCAAACCCAACUGUGCCAUGGUGGUCCUGGACUUCCUCAUCAGACACUCGUUUAUUGAGCCAGACACAGAGCCGCACUAUCAGGACUUUGUGGCCGCACUCCAUCAGACGUUAUAGAGUCGAGGUGACUCCAAUGAGAGACAUUCAGAAACCAGGAGGCUGAGUGCAGACACGACAUCUCUGCAGGUCAUUCACUUCUUCUAAUCUUAUUUUGAAAUUAUUAAAUUUUAUAUUUUGCCAACCCCCAUUUACUGUACGUGAAAUUAUUAAACCUGUUUCAAGGUAACUACUGAUUUAAAUAGUCCAUCUUUCAAACUUUACAUUCGGCAGCACAGUUGUUUCCUUUGGUUUAUUUGUACAGAGCACUUCACCUGUCAGCCCUGUGAUAAAGAGACUGGAUCAGUCGUACGAGGUCCUCCUGGAGGAGCGUCUGUUUUUGACUGUCAAUUGAUUCUGGCUGCACCGUUCAAUAAAGUGAGAAUAUUUCACCUGA